AUGUCUGCAGACGGCAAUGUCGGCGAGACAGAGGCUGCUGUCACUGGGCAGCUCCCAGAAAACACCGUCGAGUACAUGCUUUUUGUGAUUGACAGCCAGCAAACCGAAGCUCGUAAAACACGCUCUCGCCUUGAAACUAUUCGAAAAGCAGCAGUAGAGCUCGCUCAAUCCCUCACAAAGGAUUACAUAUGGCAACGUGAGGGCUUCGAAGUCUCGUUCAAAAGCGAAAAUGGAUUACUCUUUCUGCAUGGCACUACCGAUUAUGGAGAUGCCAUAGAAGAUGAGUGGCUCAUUGUCUAUAUGCUUUGUGAAUUAUCCAAAGCCCAUCCAGAUCUUUGGGUGAGAGUUGGAGACUCUGAUGGAGAGUUUCUCUUAGUCGAAGCCGCCAAUACCCUUCCCAGUUGGUUAAGUCCGGAGAUUGACCAAUACCGCGUAUGGAUUCACCUCGGAAAGAUCUUUCUCAUUCCUAUCAACUCCAAGAUCAAAAAUGGACCUUCUAUGCAUUCCCGGGAAGUAGAUCAGUUAUCGCUCUUGCAAGCCGUAACCUUUCUACGGUCAAGUACAGACGGGCUUGUUCAGCUUCCUGCCAUCGAUUCUGAAGCGUUCCAUAGGCUAAAAAAAUACCCUGAGCACAUAUCCAACUCCAUCCACCAUUCUCUUGUCACGAUUCCCCGAGCAGUAGCCUACAUUAUACAUGGUCUGCCAAAGUCUAUAGCCCCUGCUGUUGAGAGCUUCUAUCUGAGAGAUGCCAACUCCUUAAAGCCUAUCCUGUCAUCAUCAGCAUCCCUAGAAUUCCCCCCAGAAGAUUUUGUUACAGUCAGCGUGAGACUCAGCAAGACUCUCUACGCUCAACUCAAGUCUCAACGAUUCGAUACGCCGCCGAGAUGGGAAUCCGUAUUCCGAAGUACUAAAAUCGAGAAUCUAUCAUCAAAUGAAGAGCAGAAAAGAGUUGAGCGCUUAGAGACAGGCAUGAAACUCACUUGUGGCUUUGAGAUGCUCGCCAAGGAUGCAGAGAAUAGCAAAAGCAGAGUUGUCCGUGAGAUGGCCAUUAUGCUAGAAGACCUACAAGAAGAUGGAAGCUCAGUCUUACCAUCUGAUGACGACAUCAGGUUGUGGGACCAAGUUGACCGGGACGACGACGAUUCAUGGCUUGAUAUUAAUUAUGAGGAUUUCGAGCGCGAACUCGAGGGCAAACAAGCUCAAGCACCUUCAAAGGGGGCAUCUGGCUUCGGCGAGGCGCAGACUCAGCAAAAUCUGCGAAAGAUCGUCUCUCGUUUUGAAGCUUUCCUCAAUGACGACAGUGCAGGGCUGGAUGGAGCUGAGCUAGACAGGAUGGACGUUGACAAUGACGAUGAUGAAGAGGAGGAUGAUGAUGAUGAUGAUCAAGACGAAGAUGUAAACUUUGACGAGGAGGCCUUUGCUCGAAUGAUGAGGGAGAUGACGGGAUUUACAACAACAGCCACUGGGAGAGAAGCACAGGGAAGUAAUAUCAAGGCUGCAGAAGACCACUCCGACAGCGAGAACGACAGUGAGGCGGUAGAAGAUCGAGAUAUUCAGGAUCUUGCCUCUCGCAUGGAAGCUGAACUUAAGGAGUACGGCACCCUUCAGCUCGACCCACCAACCGCCAAGCGUGCCAUCAAGUCAAAAGAAAGCUCGGAGAAGAAGGGGAAAGGCAAGGAGAAAGAACAGCUACUGCAAGGACAAGGCGCCCAAUCAGCCAAUGAUUCUGAUAAUGACGACGACGACGAGAUCGACAUCGACUAUAACCUAGCCAAAAACCUGCUCGAGAGUUUCAAGAGCCAGGGUGGUAUGGCUGGUCCGGCGGGAAAUCUUAUGGGGCUUAUGGGUUUCCAGCUACCGCGUGAUGAGGAUAGUGGAAGCGAGGGGGGCGAAUGA